AUGACUACGUGUAAUAGGUUCGACCAUGAAUUUGUGUUCAGACAACGGCAGACAGUUGAACGCCUUUACGAAAAGGAACUUCAAGACAUUGUCGGCCCCUUGAUUGGACACAGUUCAGACGGUGACUCGAGACGCAGGAAGCUUAAUAUGCUACAGCUUGGGACAAAGAACGUUGGAAGCAGGUAUAUAUCGUGCCGUUCCUAUGGAACUUGGUUUUGUUCUUUCCUGCAGGAAGGUUGAGACAGAGAACGGGUAUAUGAUCAGAGAUGCAUGUGAUCAGGACUAUAUACAUAAUCACAAGAAGCUUCUUAAUCCACUUGACCAUGCUUCACGUGUAUUAUAUUGAUGUUGGGCCAGGGGGAUGACUUAGUCCACAUGAAUCACUUGUAGUUGAAAUGUUCCCUAUUCCAGAUCAUGGUCUUGGACUGAACGACGUCCAGAGGAGUGACAGGCAGAACUGGCGAUCGGCUCAGAAACUUACAUUUCCACAGGUCGGGAACUGUCUGCAGAUGUUGAUGGAAGGCCUUGUCGAAGGCCACCCAAGAAACCCAUCGUUACUUGGUACUAAGAUCUACCUCCAUGUUGUAUGGUUGUAUGUGGAGAUUUUCUGCAGCAGUGUUGCCUAAUUAAGACGUCGCAUCACGUACGCUGAAAUUGUCACCCAUUUCCUGGCGAUAUGGCAGAACUGCAUUCAUCGUAGUGAAGGGCUGUCACUAAAGCAAAACUUUAUCACAAGGGAAACAUACCAGGACAUUGUGAUUUCAUGCCAGUUCGCUGUCAUUCUCAUCUGCUAUAUGAGAGACAACCUUCCCGAGCAAGAAUGUUGUCUUGAGCUAAGUGGUUCGCACGUUUUGGAGGAUUUUUGGAGCAAAAACGGGCAAUGGGUUGGAAACCACCACAACUAUUGGUUUCGUGAUCUCCAAGGAAAUGCCUCUCACAUGAUUUAA